AUGCAUCGUCUGGGGUACGAUUCUCUGAUUCAUGGCUUGAUUUUCAAGCGUGCAUUUGGGAUGGGUUUGGAGGUUAGCAAUGCUCUCGAGGCUAUGUAUGUUAAGUGGAGUAUUUGCCUCGAGCAAAAGAAGUAUUUGAUGAGCUUCCACUUCCAGAGAAGGAGGCUUCGGAGUUGCUUCUCGAUACGCAAAGCUCAGGCGCACAUUCUGCCUGUGCCAGUCUUGGAACUCUUGAUUAUAGGAGAUGGGUUCUGA